AGAGAGAGAGAGAGAGAGAGAGAGAAAGGAAAGGCUUUUUCCUGGAAGAUGCCUGCGCAGAUUUGAACGAGCACGUUGUCUUGACUUUUCAAGGUUGGAUGCAAGUAUAAAACGGCAGUCUGGGCCGAGAAGAAAAACAACCAGCUCCCGAAUCUUUGCUUGUCUAUCAUCGAGAAAGAGAGAGGAAGCGAGAUAUCUCUCAAAGAGCUAAAAGAAGAGAGAGAGAGAGAUUUAGCAGUAAAAGCAAGCAGGAAGAAGAAGCAAAGAAGAUGGUGAGAGCACCAUGCUGUGAGAAGAUGGGAUUAAAGAGGGGUCCAUGGACGCCUGACGAAGAUCAAGUCUUGAUCUCUUACAUCCAGAGGAAUGGUCAUGGAAAUUGGAGGGCUCUUCCCAAGCAAGCUGGACUCUUGAGAUGUGGGAAGAGUUGCCGGCUUCGGUGGAUAAAUUAUCUGCGGCCUGAUAUAAAGCGAGGAAAUUUCAAUAGCGAAGAAGAGGAAACAAUCAUUAAGUUGCAUGAAAUGCUUGGAAAUAGGUGGUCAGCUAUUGCAGCAAGAUUACCGGGGCGCACAGACAACGAAAUAAAAAAUGUGUGGCACACACAUUUGAAGAAGAGGCUCAAACAAAAUCAAGUCACGCCAGCGACGACAACGACCAACAACAAAUCAUUCAAUUUGGAUUCUUCCGAGCCAACGAUACCGAGAUUGUUAGAAAGUUCAGUCCAUGCUCCAAUGUCGCCUCAACCUUCCUCGAGCGAAAUAUCCUCGGUCACGGAUGCUUCAACGUCCACAGGAAUUGGAGAGGCGAACAACAUCGAGAUCAAGGGCGAGGACAUGGAAUACUCCAUGGAGUCCUUCCCUUUAAUCGACGAGAGUUUUUGGUCGGACAACCCAGGGUUUUUACCUGAUGAAUACUCGAGCGACUCGUCUGGAUUUUCCUGCUUCAACGUAGAUUCGCAAACUCAGUACUCGGUGGCUCCGAUGGCUGAUAAUGUGCAAGGGUGGCCUAGUGAUGGUGUAAGCCACGUCGACAAUGGAAUGGACUUCUGGUACGAUCUUUUCAUAAGAGCUGGGGGUGCAGAAGAAUUGCCAGCCUUCUGAAGAGAGAAGGCAAAACAGAGAAGACAAAA